CUCUAUGGUAUUCUUCCCAGCCCACCCGCCCCUUGGGCAGCGGCAGUCACGUGUCAGACUCCGGGUUUACGACAGGUGCUCACGUGAUCCUGGCCUGCAGUCGGGUGGCUGCGGUGAGGUACCUGGGAUCCUGAAGGGCGGGCGGUUAGGUCGUUACCGCCGCCGCCGCCGCUGGCGGACUAAACCGGGCGGCCAGGAGCGAGCAACCUGGCGGCUGAGGCGUUCACCGCAUAGUGCCUACGGCACCGGGUCAUCUCUUUCGGCGACCUCCGCCUUCGCGGUCCCCACCUUUUUGAGGGCGAAAUCACUUUUGGGUUUCGAGACCUUGCGGCGUGAGGCCCCAAAUCGGGGAGACUCCCCAAUUUACCUGUCUUUUCCUCUAUUCCUCCAUCUCUUCCUUUGCACCACUGAAUCGCUUGGUUUUUGGCUGGCCUGCUUGGCCGUGCCUUGAGGCCAAGUUCGGGGCGGUAAAGGUAACGGUGGGGAAAGCGGCCCCCCAGUGGACAAAGGCAGAGGCAAGAAUAGAGCAGGCCUGAGGGCCGCAGUCAAUGAGAAUAGGCAGUUGAGGGGGUGAACGAGAAAAAAAGAGUACUGCGGAUUUAGAAGGGACUGGAAAGGACUUGUUGCACGAUGGAAGAAUCUGACUCUGAGAAAAAGAUGGAGAAAGAGAAUCUGGGGCCGCGAAUGGAUCCUCCACUAGGGGAACCGGAAGGCUCGCUUGGGUGGGUGCUACCAAAUACAGCCAUGAAGAAAAAGGUGCUGUUGAUGGGUAAAAGUGGGUCUGGUAAGACCAGCAUGAGGUCUAUUAUCUUUGCAAAUUAUAUUGCCAGAGACACACGUCGGCUUGGUGCAACAAUUGAUGUAGAACAUUCUCAUGUUCGAUUUCUGGGAAACCUGGUAUUGAACCUGUGGGAUUGUGGUGGACAAGACACCUUCAUGGAAAAUUAUUUCACUAGCCAACGGGACAAUAUCUUCCGAAAUGUGGAGGUUCUGAUUUAUGUCUUUGACGUGGAGAGCCGCGAACUUGAAAAGGACAUGCACUAUUAUCAGUCAUGCCUGGAAGCCAUUCUCCAGAACUCUCCAGAUGCCAAAAUUUUUUGCUUGGUUCACAAAAUGGAUCUGGUACAGGAGGAUCAACGGGACCUGAUUUUUAAAGAGCGAGAAGAAGAUCUGAGGCGUUUGUCUCGCCCAUUGGAAUGUUCUUGUUUCCGAACAUCUAUCUGGGAUGAAACUCUCUAUAAGGCUUGGUCCAGCAUUGUUUAUCAACUGAUUCCCAAUGUUCAGCAGCUGGAAAUGAACUUAAGGAAUUUUGCUGAAAUUAUUGAGGCUGAUGAAGUACUUCUGUUUGAGAGAGCUACUUUUCUGGUGAUUUCUCAUUAUCAGUGUAAAGAGCAGCGUGAUGCUCAUAGAUUUGAGAAAAUCAGCAACAUUAUUAAGCAAUUCAAGCUGAGCUGCAGCAAGCUGGCUGCCUCUUUCCAGAGUAUGGAAGUCAGAAACUCUAACUUUGCUGCUUUCAUUGACAUCUUUACAUCUAACACUUAUGUGAUGGUUGUGAUGUCUGAUCCAUCCAUUCCUUCUGCAGCUACUCUGAUCAACAUCCGCAAUGCCAGGAAACAUUUUGAAAAGCUGGAAAGAGUGGACGGACCAAAGCAGUGUCUUCUCAUGCGCUAAACAUUGCUGAAUACUAUUUCACACAAAAAUUAAAACACUGUUUAUUAAUUAAUCUUAGUGUUGUAUUAAUAUGUGUAGGCCCCGAAAUGUUGUAAUGUGUACCACUUCUGUAUUCCUUCUCUAUUCCCCAGUCUUAAUGUUUAACCUUGAAUGCUAUUUACUCAAAUAGCCAGUGAGGAGUUAGGUGAACUGUCUAUGAAGUUGAUGUGACAUAAAAGUAGUAUAUAUGUAAGUGUUCUGAUAACCUGGUUCUAAUAGUGUUUAAGUGUCAUAUAACCUGGUUCCAAUAGUUGUGUAUGCCAAAGCCUUUCCCAGCAUCCUCUUGUAUUCCGUAUUAGAUAGUAACCUAUAAGUUUGAAAUAUUACUGUUUUCCUCAGCAUGCAUUAAAAUAUUCCUUAACUUCAACUGUAAAUAAACUUUUGCUGUUAGGGA